CCAAACGCACCCUCAACUGGGCGGAAAAUAACCAGAUUGCAAUUACCAUGAUUGGUAUUCACAUUAGCAGACUUAUCACCACAUUGCAGUUAUGUUAGUUCCAAAUUGGGCUUGAAAGGAAUGUAGCUGCAAAUGAAGGCUACUUGUAAUGACUUAUGGCCUGUUUGGCUACCAUCAAAGUUGUGUUUUGAUAGAACUUUUUGAAGACAUCUGUCCUACCAAGGGUGUUUGAACAGGCUUGUAUGAAUGUACUAUUUUGUUGUAUUGUUUGUUGUUUGUCAAACACUUGGGUCUGGAUAAGCAUAUGUGGUUUGUCUACAUCAGUUACAUUGGUGCAUGGGGACAUGGGGGCCCUUUUAUGUUAAUGAUGGCAAAUGUGGCACAUGUGGAUUACUUGAAGAUUCAUCAUAGCACAUGUCAAUCUCAUGAACAUGCAUCAUGGUACAUGUGGCACAUGUGGACAUGUAGGGAGCUUGAAGGUUGAAUGUGGCAUAAGUGGGGCGGUUGAGGACAAGCAGUCUCACUUAUGGCACAUUCACGUGUGGCUUACAUGGCAAAUGUGGCACAUUUGCCAUGCAUGUGUACAAAAGAUCACUACUCCUUCAUGUAUCAUAUGGAAAAUGUGAUAAAACCAAUUUUGUGUUUGGACUGCCCAAUCCACAAUAACGGAUAAUUUUUUGGACAACCUUAUCUUUAAUUUUAUUGAAAUUAGUGUCAUGUCUGAAUAAUUGUAGUUGACAAACCAUGGACAUAUGCCUUCUCCGGACAAAGCUGUCCGAAUGGAACUUUUUCAGUAACCAAAUAACCCGAAGGAAGGUAAUUUUUGUAAUUCAAAGUGAUAGUCCAUCCAAACACGUCAGUUGUGUAAAAAUUUAUCUAACACUCAUAUCCUUAUAGAGGAGGUUACAUCCUCUACUCCAGUGUUUCAGUCAGUCAAGGAUGGUGUCUUGUGCAGCUGAGAACAGCAGCUCUUGUAAAAUAAAGAAUUCAUUGUACUUUUCUUGAUUUCUUAACGCUGCAGCAGUUAUUGUUUCAUUUGUAUAUGGAAUUUUCAUUAUUUUUGUUGGUUGCGUGUUUACAUCAGACCACCAUGCGUAGUUUUGCAGCUGAUGGAGAAAGAAGUCGUCGCCAUCCUUGGCCCACAGUCCUCCGGGAUAGCACAUGUCAUCUCUCACGUUGUCGAUGAACUUCAGGUCCCACUACUGUCAUUUGCAGCAACUGACCCGAUACUUGCUGCACUACAAUACCCGUAUUUCCUCCGCACCAAGCAAAGUGACUACUUCCAAAUGAAUGCGGUUGCCGACAUGGUUGAGUUCUACGGAUGGAGGGAGGUAAUUGCCAUUUUCGUGGACGAUGAUAACGGGAGAAGUGGGAUUACUGCAUUGGGUGACGCCCUUGCAAGGAAACGGUCGAAGAUAUCAUACAAAGCGGCGUUCCCACCUGGAGCGAGUGAAACACUUAUCAACGACUUGUUGGUCGGAGUAAAUCUGAUGGAGUCUUGGGUUUAUGUUAUUCAUGUAAAUCCCGACACGGGUAUUAACAUUUUCUCCAUCGCAAAAUAUCUUGGCAUGAUGUCCAACGGGUAUGCGUGGAUAGCAACAGAUUGGCUCACUACCGCUUUGGAUUCGAUCGAACCAGUUGAUCCCAAAAAAAUGAAUCUUCUACAAGGGGUCGUCACUCUUCGCCAUCAUACACCUGAUUCCAAUCUCAAACGGAAGCUUGUAUCUAGGUGGAAUGGUUUAGUUAGGAAGGGGAAUGCUAAGUUGGGCUUGAAUGCUUACGGGCUCUAUGCAUAUGACUCUGUUUGGAUAGUUGCUCAUGCCGUCAAUGAAUUUUUGAAUGAAGGAGGAACCGUUUCCUUUUCAAGAGAUUCAAGGUUGCGGGAUGAGAAUGGAAGUACGCUGCACUUAGUAGUACUCCGUGCAUUUGAUGGAGGCCAGAAAUUACUCCAGAAAGUGUUGCAGAUGAACUUCACAGGUCUAACUGGCCAAAUUCGCUUCGAUUCUGAAAAGACUCUGGUUCGUCCUGCAUAUGAGAUUCUCAAUAUUGGUGGGACCUGGAUUUGGAGAGUCGGGUAUUGGUCUAAUUAUUCGCAUUUAUUGGUCGUUGCUCCAGAAGUUCUAUAUAAAAAGCCGCCAAACGCAUCCACUGCUAGUCAACGGCUUCUCAGUGUCAUCUGGCCUGGUGAAACCCCAACUACACCACUUGGGUGGGUGUUCCCGAACAAUGGGAAGCCGCUGAGAAUCGCUGUUUCCAACCGUGCAAUAUACAAGGAAUUCGUGACAAAGGAUAGUGGCCCAGAUGGGGUGAAAGGUUUUUGUGUCGACGUGUUCAAAGCUGCCAGAAACUUGUUGCAAUAUCAUGUCCCGCACCAAUUUAUAUUGUUCGGAGAUGGUGAAGAAAAUCCCAACUACAAUGAUCUUGUGAGUAGGGUCGCUGACAAUAAAUAUGAUGCAGCCGUUGGGGACAUAUCCAUCAUCACGAACAGGACAAGGAUUGUGGAUUUUAUACAACCUUACAUUGAAUCAGGCCUUGUUGUUGUUGCUACUGUCAAAAAGAUCGACUCAAAUGCACGGGCUUUCCUGAAGCCCUUCUCCCUAGAAAUGUGGUUAGUAACAUUUGCUUUCUUUCUCUUCAUGGGAGCAGUUGUUUGGAUUCGGGAGCAUCGGAUUAACAGUGAUUUCCGUGGACCUCUAAGCCAACAGCUUGUAACGAUUUUCUGGUUUAGCUUCUCAACGGUGUUUUUCGCAGACAGAGAGAACACCAUGAGCACCCUCGGACGUGCGCUCCUACUGAUGUGGCUGUUUGUAGUAUUGAUUAUCAAUUCAAGCUACACAGCUAGCUUAACGUCGAUCCUCACAGUGCAGCAGCUUACAUCGCGGGUUGAAGGAAUUGACAGCUUGAUCUUGAGCAACGAGCCUAUUGGGAUUCAAGGCGGGUCGUUUACCAAGAAUUAUCUGAUCGAAGAGCUCAAUGUCGCAGAGUCGAGGAUUGUGACCUUAAAACGCCCAGAAGACUACGAAAUUGCUCUUCUGCGUGGACCAAAAGGGGGCGGAGUCACUGCAAUUGUCGAUGAGCUUCCUUAUAUUGAGCUCUUCUUGUCCAACACCGACUGCAAGUUCAGGGUUGCUGGGCAGGAAUUCACGAAAAGCGGAUGGGGAUUCGCCUUCCAAAGGGAUUCUCCUCUAGCAGUGCACUUGUCGACAGCCAUCCUCAUCCUGUCUGAGAGUGGUGAACUCCAAAGGAUGCAUGAUAAAUGGCUUUCCCGCGAUGGGUGUUCCACUCAAAUGACCAAUACAAUCGAUGUGAGCCGCUUGAGCCUCAAGAGCUUCUGGGGCCCCUUCCUCAUAUGUGGCAUCACAUGUUUCCUUGCACUUCUCGUGUUUUUCAUAAGAUUGUUCUGUCAGUUCAGGCAGAAAAAGAAACAUCCGGAGAACCGUGAGAAAAGCCAUCCUAAGGACGUACAACCUGUUCCACAUCCUGGGGAUGAUGACGGACCCGUUCCACCUCUGGCUCAACCCAUUUCCUAUCCGGCUCUGACGAGAACGACUACAAUUAUCAGGGAGUUACUGUAAUCUCAUGGAUGAGAAAGAACCUGAGGUGGACAAAAAGAAGAAGGAGAAGGGAAGCACUAGCUGUAACUAGUUUUGUAAAAAUAUCUUUGGUAGCAGUCCUUGUGGUCAAAGCUCAAGUGCCUGUCCUAGCCCUUUUGCUGAGUAGAGAGAGAGAGAGAGAGAGAGAGAGAGAGAGGCAGCAAGGAAUGGAGGCAUGCAAUACUUCCUCGUACUACUGAAAGUGAAAUUCCUUACAGUGUCUGUGUAGUUCUUAGGCAGCAAGAAAUGCAAUGCCCUUUAGUAGUGAAAGUGAGAAUCCUCAUAGAAUGUUUGUACCACAUUGUAUUCUUCAAAGAAUAGAAACUUUCCAUUUAUUA